AUGACCGAAAGUAAUAAUAACCACAAGGUCAUCUUUUCAGAACUUGAACCAGGUAUCUUUUAUUUCAAAAAUCUCUUCUCUCCUUCCGAAUGCGCCCAAAUGAUCGAACACGGAGAAGAAAUUUCUUACCAACAAGUUCCCAUCACUGGUUCCGGAAGAACCAAUGCGUUGGUUUGGAGUGGAAUUCACGCGAGUGAUGUUCGUAAUAAUCAGAGAAUUAUUUUAGACUCGACCGGAUUCUCUCGUGAAUUUAGCGAAAUUAUUUUCAAACGCAUGGCCAAUCAUCUUCCUCCAAAUUUGGAAUUUCGUUGGAAAGCCUUACCUGAAGAAGUGAAUCGUGCAGAUGUUUGUUCCACCCUUGAGAAGGCUCGUGAAUGGAAAUUGUGUUCUGUCAGUGAUAAAUUCCGAUUGUACAAGUAUGAAAAGAAUCAACACUUUUUGAAACAUUUUGAUGGAACCAAUAAGAGAAUUCUUUCCAUGAUGAAUGAUGGAAAAACAAUUCAAGCUCAAUAUUUGGAACAGAGUUUCUUGACGGUUUUGAUCUAUCUCAAUAAUGUGGAAGAGGGAGGUGAGACUCAAUUUUUCGAUGCCAAAUCCAAGCAAGAAACUUUUCAAUUGAAACCUGAAAUGGGAAGUGCUGUUGUGUUCUGCCAUGAAAUGUUGCAUCAGGGAAAUGAUGUUUUAGCUGGAGUCAAGUACUUGUUGAGAACUGAUAUUUGUUAUAUGAAAAAGAAGGAUGUCAUUGAAAAGAGUGCUGUGACUCUAAAAAUGUACAACGAUCCUUCUCACAUCAAGUUAUGGAAUCAAGAUGCAUCAAAUCAAAAGAAAAAUCGAAAGACUUGUAAAAAAACACCAAUGAAAGCAACACCACCACGCUCGUAUGAUCCUCUUCCAAGUGGACAAUACAUUGUUGGAGAUUGGCAAGUGAUUUAUCAUCCAUCUUGUCAACUCUAUACGGAUUAA